AAAAGGGGAUGAGACAGGCCAGCUUGGGUCGGGAUCGCGGAGGCCAGUGCUCCUGGGCUGCGGCGAGAUGGGCCUGUGGCUAGGAGGCCGGCGUUAGCGGAGCGCCGGGCGCCGCGGAAAGAACCGCUUUUCAUGAAAUACAUCAUCCAUUGUGAAAGUAUAAAACUAAGGUAUACUCAUCAUGCCUGCGGUGGCUUCAGUUCCUAAAGAACUCUACCUCAGUUCUUCACUGAAAGACCUUAACAAGAAAACAGAAAUUAAACCAGAGAAAAUAAGCACUAAGAAUUAUGUGCACAGUGCUCUGAAGAUCUUCAAGACAGCAGAAGAAUGCAGAUUAGAUCGUGAUGAGGAAAGGGCCUAUGUACUCUAUAUGAAAUAUGUGACAGUUUAUAAUCUUAUCAAAAACAGACCUGAUUUCAAGCAGCAGCAGGAUGAGACUCACUCAAUAUUUCGACCUGCAAACAUCAAAAAAGCUAUUGAAGAAGCUGAAAGACUCUCUGAAAGCCUUAAACUGAGAUAUGAAGAAGCGGAAGUUCGGAAAAAACUUGAAGAGAAGGACAGACAGGAGGAGGAGCAGCUGCAACAACAGAGGAGGCAGGAAGCUGGAAGAGAGGACAUUGACACAGUGGCCAAGGGUUCUUUGGAGAAUGUGUUUGAUUCCCAAAACAAAACCCAAAGGAUCAAUGGUGAGAAGAGUGAAAGAAGUGAAAUGACAGGGGAAGGAGCAAUCACAGCAAAGGAACUCUAUACAAUGAUGAUGGAUAAAAACAUCAGUUUGAUUAUAAUGGAUGCUCGAAGAAUGCAGGAUUAUCAGCAUUCCUGUAUUUCACAUUCUCUCAGUGUACCUGAAGAAGCUAUCAGUCCAGGAGUCACUGCUAGUUGGAUUGAAGCAAACCUCCCAGAUGAUUCUAAAGACAUAUGGAAGAAGAGGGGGAAUGUGGAUUAUGUCAUACUUCUUGAUUGGUUUAGUUCUGCAAAAGAUUUACAGCUUGGAACAACUCUUCAGAGUCUGAAAGACGCACUCUUCAAGUGGGAAAGUAAAACUGUCCUGCGCAAUGAGCCUUUAGUUUUAGAAGGAGGCUAUGAAAACUGGCUCCUUUGCUAUCCACAGUAUACAACAAAUGCUAAAGUCACUCCACCUGCACGAGGCAAGAAUGAAGAGGUGUCUAUCUCAUUGGAUUUUACUUAUCCCUCACUGGAAGAACCAGUUCCCUCUAAACUUCCUGCUCAGUUGCCACAUCCUUCUAUGAGAGUAGAUGAAAAUACAGAAUUGACAAAUGAUCAAGAGAGAAGAAUGAAGCCACCAACUGGACCAGAUGCUGCAUCCAAAGCUGAUGUUUCACCCAUAAUUCAGCCAGUGCCUAUUAUAAAGAGUGUCCCACAGAUUGAUCGUUCUACAAAACCAGCAGUCAGGUUUCCUGAAGAUCAUAGAAUCAAAUCUGAAAGUACUGAACAUGAGCGUCCAUCUCCUCAGAAUGGACAGGUUCUUCCUGAUCGUUCCACCAAGCCAGUGUUCCCACCUGCAAAUGCCAUGCUGACAGAUGAAGAAAAAGCUUGUAUUCAUGCAGAAACUGCUCUUCUUUUGGAGAAAAGCAAACAGGAGAAAGAACUGAGGGAAAGGCAACAGGAAGAACAGAAAGAGAAGCUAAAGAAGGAAGAACAUGACCACAUAGCUAGAGAGAAACAAGAAGCUGGAGACAAUCAGCCCAAAGCAAAGGAUGGAACAGAGAAGCGAGAAAAUGAGCAAGCCAAGAAAGAAGAUAAAGAACCCUCCUCAAAGAGAGUCAAAGAAGUAACAGGAAUAAAAAGACAAAGUAAAAGUGAACAUGAGACUUCUGAUGCCAAGAAAUCUGUGGAUGAUAGGGGGAAAAAAUGUCCAACUCCAGAAAUGCAGAAAAAGUCGUCAGAUGUGCCCCCUGCACCUGUGUCAGGAGAGUCAAGCACAGGCAAGGCUCAACGAGAACCUUUGACAAGAGCACGGAGUGAAGAAAUGGGGAGGAUUGUACCUGGACUACCUUUAGGCUGGGCCAAGUUUCUUGACCCAAUCACUGGAACCUUUCGUUAUUACCAUUCACCCACCAACACUGUUCAUAUGUACCCACCGGAAAUGGCUCUUUCAUCUGCACCUCCUUCUGCCCCUCCAACUCAUAAAGCCAAGCCCCAGGCCCCUGCUGAGCGGGACAAGGAACCAUCCAAACUGAAGCGCUCCUACUCCUCCCCAGAUAUCACCCAGGCCAUUCAGGAGGAGGAGAAGAGGAAGCCAGCAGUAACUCCAACAGUUAAUCGGGAAAACAAGCCAGCAUGCUACCCUAAAGCUGAGAUCACAAGGCUCUCUGCUUCUCAGAUUAGGAACCUCAAUCCUAUUUUUGGAGGAUCUGGACCAGCUCUUACUGGACUUCGUAAUUUGGGAAAUACUUGUUAUAUGAACUCAAUAUUGCAAUGCCUGUGUAAUGCUCCACAUCUGGCUGAUUAUUUCAACCAAAACUGCUAUCAGGAUGAUAUUAACAGGUCAAAUUUAUUGGGACAUAAAGGUGAAGUGGCAGAAGAAUUUGGGAUAAUCAUGAAAGCUCUGUGGACAGGACAGUACAAAUAUAUAAGUCCAAAAGACUUUAAAGUCACCAUUGGGAAGAUUAAUGACCAGUUUGCAGGAUACAGCCAGCAAGAUUCACAGGAACUGCUUUUGUUCCUCAUGGAUGGUCUCCAUGAAGACCUAAAUAAAGCUGAUAAUCGAAAAAGGCAUAAAGAGGAAAAUAAUGAUCAUCUUGAUGACUUCAAAGCAGCAGAGCAUGCCUGGCAGAAGCACAAGCAGCUCAAUGAAUCCAUUAUUGUUGCACUGUUUCAGGGUCAGUUCAAAUCCACAGUACAGUGCCUCACCUGUCACAAAAAGUCGAGGACAUUUGAGGCUUUCAUGUAUUUAUCUCUACCACUAGCAUCCACAAGCAAAUGUUCUUUACAGGAUUGCCUUAGAUUAUUUUCCAAAGAAGAAAAGCUCACAGAUAACAACAAAUUUUACUGCAGUCAUUGCAGAGCCCGACGGGACUCUCUAAAAAAGAUAGAAAUCUGGAAAUUGCCACCUGUGCUUUUAGUACAUCUAAAACGCUUUUCCUAUGAUGGCAGGUGGAAGCAGAAACUACAGACAUCUGUGGACUUCCCAUUAGAAAACCUUGACCUGUCACCAUAUGUUAUUGGUCCAAAAAACAGUUUGAAGAAAUAUAACUUGUUUUCUGUUUCAAAUCAUUAUGGCGGGCUGGAUGGAGGCCACUACACUGCCUAUUGUAAAAAUGCAGCAAGACAGCGGUGGUUUAAGUUUGAUGACCAUGAAGUGUCUGAUAUCUCUGUGUCAUCUGUAAAGUCUUCAGCAGCGUACAUCCUCUUUUAUACUUCAUUGGGACCAAGAGCAAUUGCUGCAGCAACAUAGAGAUGUAGGUGAUGAGCUGGUUGUGUUUUACAAUACUCAGCAACACAUCUCUGAACACUUAAAGACCGUGAAUACCUAACAGCUUGUUAUUUAGAGGAAUUCCAGAAAGUAAGAGCUUUGUUACUAGCAUCAUAUAAUUCAGGUCAGUGGUAUUAUCAAAAAACUGACAGCAGCAUUUAACAGAUAUCUGAAUAAGCAUCCCUUACAGGUAUCAUUUAUUUCAAAACAACUUUUUUAGUCUGUUCCAAUGUUAAAAUAACUAGUUAAUUAUUCUGCUGGUCUAAAACCAUUGUAACCUUCAUUUUCCUAUUCACUGAUAUGGCCUUUUCUCAUUUCUAAUCUCAGCUGGAUCUACUAUGGAGACUCUAGAGUGACGAAAGCAGAUAGGAAUGUAUUUGUACAUAUUUAUUGCACACUUGCACAUCAAAUCGAUGUACAUAGUUUAACAUGUAGUCCUUUUGUGAAGCCUAGACCUCAGAAGAUUGCUUUUUAGAUUUUUUUCUUUGCUCAUUUUUUUUUUCUUUUGGCCUAUUCUGGGUAGCUGCAGUGCUUUCUUUGGGAAAUGACAGAGAAAAGCUAUUUUUCUGUUGGCUUUGGGCUGUAUUUGUGCACUAACCCUUUAUUCUAAAAAAAUUAAUAAAUGAAAACUUUCUUUAAUUUUUUAAAUAAGAAUUUCAUUUAAAUCUACAUUAAAAUCUUAAUGAGCAGAGAAACUAAAA